AUUAAAUAUUUUCUAAGAAGCCGGUGGAUUAGUUUACGUGUUGUCAAGAAUAUUUCGAUUUUAUUAACAGCGAAAACAAUACAGAAAUGGAUUGACUGAGCAAAUGGUUAAAGACUUUAGGUAUCCGUCCAUUAAUGUAGAAACAGAAUAUAACAAGGAAAAUCUUAAUAGUUGGAACCAGUUAAAUCCACACGUAAUUCUGUCAAUUUGCCAAAGGAGAUGGGUUUGUUUGAUAUUUUAGCAAGAUGGUUGGGAGUGAAGAAAAAAGAAGCCAAUGUUUUAGUUGUUGGUUUAGAUAACAGCGGAAAGACAACGAUUUUAAAUCAACUGAAACCUGAUGACACAAAAGCUCAUGAUAUAGUUCCUACUGUAGGAUUUAAUGUGGAGAAAUUUGCCACAAAAUCAUUAAGUUUUACAGCAUUUGAUAUGUCAGGGCAAGGUCGAUAUCGAAAUCUCUGGGAACAUUAUUAUAGAGAGUGUCAUGGUGUUAUAUUUGUGGUGGACAGUAGCGAUAAAUUAAGAAUGGUCGUCGCUAAAGAUGAACUCGAUCAGCUUCUACAACAUCCUGAUGUUAAAAACCGUAGAAUACCAAUUCUAUUUUUUGCUAAUAAAAUGGAUAUGAGAGAAGCCGUAUCUAGUGUGAAAUGUUCUAGUUUAAUGGGAUUAGAGUUAAUACGGGAUAAGCCAUGGCAUAUCUGUGCUAGUAAUGCGAUGACUGGUGAAGGUUUACAUGAAGGUGUCGAAUGGCUGACAGAUCAAAUUAAAGAUCUGGUUGACAAAAAAAAAUAAUGUUUAAUUAAAAUUAGAUGAUUUUUUUUAAUAUUCACAUUUAUAUUGUAACUAGACGUAUUUAACUAAAUUUUGUAAAUGUGUAAAUAGCUUUAUUGUAGCUUACUUAUGUAUCUCCGUCCUGUUUUUCAUUAAAUAUAGCAGAAUAUAUUACAUACAUUCCAAAAUCUCAAUAUCUGAUCCAUCCGUAUAGCAUAAUAUACAAGUUGAUGUCAAAUUUUCGGCUUAGCUUUAUUUUUGGUAAUGUUACAUUUUGUUUUUUUCUAAAUUACAUAUUGUUAUGUAAAUUGUACAUAAUGUUGUAUGUAAUUAUUAUUUUAUGAAGACACAAUAUUUUGUUAAGAUCUGAAUAAAUAUAUACAUGAAU